GACCACUAGGCGGCGCGAGAGCACAGCUUUAAAUCACAGGAGCGUGGACCUCUCCACAUGAGCUGGAGGAGACAUGAGCUGGAGGAGACAUGGGCUGGAGGGGACAUGCGCUGGAGGAGACAUGUAGGAGGUUGUGCUGCACAGACGGGACCGGGGCAGGGCGAGCCUCAGCUGGAGCUGGAGACGGUCACGUGACGCUGAUGUUGUGGGUAUAAAAAAGCUCACAUCACCGCGUGUUCACAGUCAGUGCUGCAAACACAGAAGUUCUCUGUGCAUGUGCAUGGUGCAGCUUUGAACAGAAACUUUAUGAACAAGAGCGGAGCCGGUGACAGAGGAAACUUUUUGUGAGAAACAUGACCAGCGUGGAGCUGUGAUAGGAGUCUGAGUUGACAGCACACUACAGCUGACACGGAGGAAAUGGAAAACAAGGCCAUGUAUCUGAGCACAUAUGAAGAGAGGGAGAACGGGUCGAUGUACGAAGAGACCUACGAUGGGCACAAUCUGUCCAAACUCAACCUGUGUGACGAAGGUGCCAGUACACGCCGCAGGAAGCAGGAUCAGUGCUGUGGACACCCAAACUCUCUGGCAGCCAUUAAGUAUGCCAUCGUCUCCCUGUACAUCCUGGUACUCCUCACCAUCCUGGGCCUCUGCCUGGCAGUGUCCAGAUCCCAGGUGUCAUCACAGCGUCAGGGGUUAGUCCCGGAGAAUGUGACGCGGAUGUCGGAACGCCCCCUGGUGGUACAGCAGACUAUGGGAGACCCCUCCGCAGAGAGUGACCUCCUGGAGAACAUCUGGAAACUGGAGAACCUCUUCCAGAACCACAGUGACUGGCUGCAGAAGCUGGACAUACUCAUGAAGGGCCUGGAGAUGGAGCUGAGGAGCAUGCAGGCUCACUCUCUUCAGUCCGAGGGUUACCUGGUGCAGCUGGACGACAGGCUGUCCUCUCUGAGUAACUCCGCUGGACGAAACCUCACCAGUCUGUCUGCCCAAGUGUCCCGUGCAUCGUCAUGGCUACGAGACCAGGACUCACAACUCAGGGAAAGUUCAGGACACCUCAGCAAUUUGAGGGAGAAGCUGGACGAAGUGAACUGGAUGGUGGGAGCUGUCAAUCACACCUUCACAAAUGACAUCAGCAUGCAUCACUUAAAGAUACAGGACCUGCAGGUUCAGAUCAGUAACAUAACAGAGGACACCAGCAGUUUGUGGGUGACUCAUGUGCACACGGAGGCCCAGCUCAGGGCGGAGAUGGAGAUUUUAAACACCAUCACCGAGGACCUCCGGCUGAAGGACUGGGAGCACUCCAUGGCCUUCAAGAACCUCACCAUCCUGGAAGGGCCUCCGGGACCAAAGGGGGAGAAAGGUGAUAAUGGAGACCAGGGGCCUCCUGGGGUUCCCGGACUGAGUGGACACAGAGGUGUGACAGGACCCAAAGGGAUGCAGGGUGCUCGUGGUCUGAAGGGGACUGCAGGGGAGGCUGGUGUCCCGGGGGAGAAGGGAGACACAGGACCAGUGGGACCCAAGGGUGAGAGAGGUGACCGAGGGAUGAAGGGAGAGAAGGGCGACCGAGGAGAUAGAGGAGACACCAAAGUGGAGGAGACCCUGGUGCGGCUGGUGAACGGGUCCGGGCCACACGAGGGCCGGGUGGAGGUGUUCCAUGAGCAGCGCUGGGGCACAGUGUGUGAUGACGUGUGGGAUAAGAAGGACGGGGAUGUGGUGUGUCGCAUGUUAGGAUACAGGGGCGCAGUUGAAGUGCACAAGACGGGACGCUUCGGACAAGGCGCUGGGGUCAUCUGGAUGGAUGACGUGGCCUGCACCGGGGCUGAGGACACCAUUCACCAGUGUAAGUUCUCCGGAUGGGCAAAGACCAACUGUGGGCACGUGGAGGACGCUGGGGUCACCUGCAUCAUCUGAGGAGAAAGAGAAAGACUCCAAAUCUGACAAACAGACAAAUCAAAUGUGCCUUUGUUUUGGAAGAUGUUCCACUUCCAGGUCGGCCAUUUUGUAGGAAGCCCAGGAAAAAGAGAGGAGACAGAUGGGACUUCUUAGGAGGAUUGCAUUAUAGUCCCCAUUGUUGUUGCUCUUUGGAGCUGGUUGGAGACUCUUGGGGAUUUGUGUGGACAACGCUGUUGGUUUUUGACUUAGACUUUUGGAUCCAUGUUGAAUAAAGAAAACCUGAAAUCUACGACGGACUGGCCAUUUCGAAGGGCAGCUGUUGUUCACAUCAUGUUUAUUAUGAAGGGCUUUGCUUAACACACCACCGUGCUACUUUAAAAAAUACUUAGUAAAAGCUAAUAUAUUGCAUUUGCUGGUCAAAAGGAUCUCACAUUUUAGCAGUUACUUUUUACUUUUCAUUGAGUACAGUAGACUACAUGAUGUCACCUGUUUCAUUUUGAUACCAUUACACUAUUUAGAUCUCAAGCAGUAAUAGUUGAACACUAUUUCUAUAAAUGUGACCUCAGGUUGCAGAAAGAACUCUUUUAAAUCCAAUAUUUCUUUUAGAUGUCCACAACAGUAGAAUGUGGACUGAAUGGAGACAUACAAGAAAAAAAUGCAAGAAAAAAGAGUGUAUGGCUUAAUGCAUCUGCCUGCCUCACAACUCCCCAGUACUGUAUCAUAAACCCCUCAUUGUUCUUUUAGGACUGCAAUAGUGCUAUAUUUGCAUUAUGCCGGUAUAAUACAUUCCUUUAUGUAACACACACACACAUUUUAGCUGCUGAUGCUGUGUCCAUUUGCACUAAAUAUAGAGUAAUUUGUAAAAAAAAAAAAAAAAAAAAAAAAAAGUAAACAGCACUCACUCACUGCCAAAGGGACAUUCUUAAAAUAAUAACUGAUGCAUUGACUUGUACCAUUGUCUAUUGGACAGCAGUGUCACAUUUAAAAUGUCAACAUACUAAGACUGUUAAACAAUGUAAACUGGCAUUUAACAUGCAUUUGUGGCAAUAACAAGCGUCCCAAUGCUAAUAAACUAGAUGCCUCUUUUGUAGUUAUACUUUUGAGUCUUCUGAAAAAGGUACAUUAAAACUCCAUUGUUCCACAUAAAAAGAUAUGUCAGAGUGGAUUUCAUGCUCACAACUAUGCAGCCAAAUAUGUGUUUUCUACCUCAAUGCUUUUCUAAAAUAAUAAAAAAUAGUCUUAAAAGGGAAGGGGCAAGAAUAAUACAAGUUUCCAUAGCGAUCCAUGGGGUUGAUGUGUUCUUCAAAUCUCUGUCCAAAAUGGCAAUGAUUGAUUACUAAACCACACAUUCUACAAACUAUUCUGCAUCAGGGCUAACUUGAUCCAGCUCAACAUAAUCAUAAUUGUUCUCACAUGUUGAAAAUGGCUGCACUUCAAAGCGCCAUAUACGGGCGUCACAUCCUGUUUAGCCUCUCUGUACAGCUAAAUGUGUUUUGACUGACGUUCAGUCGAGGCCUUUCACUUCUCAUCAGAGUCUUCUGAUUGGUCGGAGAUGGUGUUUUGACCUUACAUAUCACACUCGUCUGGGUCACAUAGCUCAAAUAGUUCACUAAAUGCAGCCUCAUGCCUUAUUUUGCAAGAUAUAUAUUUAAAGGGCUGUUUGGCAUCUGUGCUGGCCAUUUAUAACAGAUCAAACUUUGUGGAGAAGUGACUUUUCUAUGUUCAUUUGUUAAUUUUUACAGUGAAAUACAGACCGUUACUCUUCCGUUAGUGGUGAGCAGAGAUGUGGCAGCUAUUCUGCGGUUAUGGCCUGACCACCAAAUAAGGAUUCAACCUCACACAGACAAGGUGUUUGAAGUGCCCUGCCCAAGGACACAAGGGCAGUGUGCAAUGCCAGUAUAGAGUAGAUGUUGCAGUAUUUCAUUCAGUUUAAAUGGAAACAAGAUUUAAGUUUUACAGUAAUGGAAUCGUAUUUUACUGAUACAGUAUUAUUGUUUCCUUUUUUCAGUGGAAUUGCACUUUCAGUCUCAUCCAUUUCAAACUGUUUGUAUAAUAAAUUGUGUCAGUUAUUCUCUAAUGGGCAAAUUUUCUAGAUAUCAGCUGUUUUUUUCUCUAAAUAAUUAGGGACAAGGUUUGUGUAUUUGAGCACAACUUCUACCAUUAUAUGUAUUAUAAAACAUUAUUUACCUUUCCAAAAUAUUGUCCCUUAUCCAGACCCAUCAUUUGAGUUUGAGAGUUUCAGUUUCAAUACACAAGACUUUUAUUUUAACAUGUUAAUCGUUUCCACUUAAGAGUUGUAUAUGCACUGAAGUAAUAAAAUACAGCUUUGUUUAAA